GGCAAACAGUCAACUAGACAGAGAAAAAGCGGAAUGGUUGAAUGCGAUUCAUUGUAAUCAAACCGAAGAAAUGACAGACGCGUUUAGAUUCCAACUUGAAAUGUUUCACCAGCGUCGCGGUAUGACCACAUCGGAACGUCGUCACGCAACCGAAUACGAUAUCGACCCUAAUAAUGAUAUGGCAGAACUCACCGCAUUAUUUCACGCUGUAAGAAUUGGUGGCUCGUUUAUCACUCCCGAUGUAGUCGAAAGUUUGUUUGCGCAGGAAGCUCAUACUUCAGAGCUCAAAAUAGCGUAUAAUUUGGGACCGCCCGAUCUUCUAGCCCGUGGGCAAGCAAUCUUUCCAUCGACGUCUUUUCCCGGCUUCUCAAAGAGGAUUAUGACCGGUUUGGUGGAAACAAUAUCCCUAUUCGCGGAAAUGACAUGGAAUAUUUCUACCAUCUUUCAGCCGGACCACUAG